AUGUCUUCCCGACAUUCUUUUCGUCAAAAGUCUUCUUCAGCGCGUUCGACGCGUUCGGGUUUGCAUUCGCUUAUCACCCGUCUGCCUCUCGUAUCGCUUUUAUUCGCUGCAACAGCACCUGCACCAGCAGCUGCCUUUCCCUCGUUUCACCCCCGCGGGGUUAAUAUAACCAACCCCGCUGGCUAUACGAACGAGACAGCUUCGGCAAACCCCGCCGGGGUAAGUUGCGACGCUUCGUGUGCUACUGCUACCGUAACAUUGCACGACACGGUAACAGAAACAGUUACCCAAACAGUUUCUGAACUGUGUGGUGCUCCAACUGUUACCAGCGUUUACUCAACACAAAAUACUCAAUGUAGUACCCUCACAUCCACGGGUGUCUACACCUUCCUUCAUGAAAUUACCGAAACUGUGACGGCUGGAGGCAAUGCUAACACUGCUGCCUACGGUAGUGCUCAACCUUCAGGUGAAGUUUUGUCGGGUGAUGUAUCGUCUAGCAUUGCUUAUGCUACUCCCUCAUUGACUGAGUCUGUGUUAACCGUUCAAACUGUACCUACUACGGUAACAUAUGUCUCAUACGACACUGUCACCACUUCGUUCCCCUGCACUACUGAGACGACCAUUGUCACUACCGUCUUUGAUGAAUCAUGUUCUUGCCAUUCUACAAAAACUUUCUACUAUACGCCUAACGCUGUUACCACUACUGAAGUUGCAAGUCUUUCUUCGGAGGAAGAUGUAAAACCAACAACUUCCUACGCUGGUAGCAGUGUCGUUGUAGAGACUACGCCUGUGGUGUCUCCUGCUUUAAGUUCCAACGAUGCAAGCAGUGCUCCUAGCACAUUCUCACCGAGUGCAGCCUCUCCAAUUGUUUCAGUCGUAACUAUUACUGAGAGCUCAACCGAGUACAUCGUCUCAACGACCAUCAGUCCCUCGUUUGCCGCACCCUCUUCUGCUCCAUUCUCUGUUGAAUCGACUACCGUAAAUGUUCCGGGGGCAAGUGUCUCAGAUGUUACUCCUGUUGCUCCUUCGUCUUCUUCUGUUGAAUCCGCCAUUGAGUCCACGCCUACUCCUAAUCUUACUGAGUCAACUACUACAGACUCCCCCAGUUCUUCCGCUCCUGAAAAUGCAGUUGUGAUUACCAAAACUGAAACAAUCGUGAACACUUCUAAGGGUCCUUCUGGUACUACGGAAACCGUUGAAACGACGACUCUCGUUGAGACUACUUUCUCUCUCGCACCGCCAGAAGUCACUUCUCUCCCAGCGCUUUCUUCCGACGUAGAGAGUACUGUGUCCUCCUCCAUUGAGACCACUUUCUCCCUCGCACCACCAGAAGUUACUUCUCUUCCAGAGCUUUCGUCUGAUGUGACCAGCUAUGCAUCUUCUUUCGGCGUCUCCACUGCCUCUUCUGCUUCUUCAUAUGCUCCCGCUCCUUCUGCCAACAUUGAAACAGAGACUCUGACCUCCUGGUACACGACUGUAACCAACUCCGAGGUUAUUGAGACUGUCACCAAGACAGUUCCUUGCUCCGUGUGCAAGCCCGUUACAAUUACUUAUUACACGACCAGUACUCUUUCCUGUAACGGAACAACUCAAACCACUGUUGUGUCUACCGUCACUACCGUCUCCUCCGUCUCGCUAAUUACCUCUCUUACGACUUCCACGGCUACAGUCACCGGCAGUGCAUCUGUUCCCGUCACUCACCAAAACAUUGUCCCCACUUCGCUAGUGAACACGACUUCCUCGUCCGUGAUUCCUGACGGUUGGACUACCGAGACUAUUACUUCCGGCUCUGUUGGAUUCACGUCUACUUUGAACACACCUUCUGGAUCUGUCCCCGGUACUGUAGAGGUUGUCGUUCCCACUCCUGCUUGGCUUACUGAGACAAUCACAUCCGGCUCCGUUGGUUUCACCUCCACCUUGAACGUUCCCUCCGGUUCCGUCACUGGCACUGUUGAGGUUGUCGUUCCCACUCCUGCAAGCAAUGUUACCAGCGCUGUUUACUCCUCUGCCUGGACUACCGAGACAAUCACAUCUGGCUCCGUUGGCUUCACCUCCACCUUGAACGUUCCCUCCGGUUCCGUCACUGGCACUGUUGAGGUCGUUGUACCUACUCCCGCAAGCAAUGUUACUAGCGCCAUCUACUCAUCUGCCUGGACUACUGAGACAAUCACGUCUGGCUCCGUUGGUUUCACCUCCACCUUGAACGUUCCCUCCGGUUCCGUCACUGGCACUGUUGAGGUUGUCGUUCCCACUCCUGCAAGCAAUGUUACCAGCGCCAUCUACUCCUCUGCUUGGACCACUGAGACUAUUACCUCUGGCUCCGUUGGUUUCACUUCCACUCUGAACACUCCCUCUGGAUCUGUUCCUGGCACCGUUGAAGUUGUCGUUCCCACUCCUGCAAGCAAUGUUACCAGUGCCGUUUACUCCUCUGCCUGGACUACUGAAACUAUCACAUCUGGCUCUGUUGGUUUCACUUCUACUUUGAACGUUCCCUCUGGUUCCGUCACCGGCACUGUUGAGGUCGUUGUACCUACUCCCGCAAGCAAUGUUACCAGCGCCAUCUACUCAUCUGCCUGGACUACCGAGACAAUCACGUCUGGCUCCAUUGGUUUCACCUCUACCCUGAACGUUCCCUCUGGUUCCGUCACCGGCACUGUUGAGGUCGUUGUACCCACUCCUGCUUGGCUUACCGAGACAAUCACAUCUGGCUCCGUUGGCUUCACCUCUACUCUGAACACUCCCUCUGAAUCUGUUCCUGGCACUGUUGAGGUCGUUGUUCCCACUCCCGCAAGCAAUGUUACUAGCGCUGUUUACUCCUCCGUCUGGACCACUGAAACAAUCACAUCUGGCUCCGUUGGAUUCACGUCUACUUUGAACACACCUUCUGGAUCUGUCACUGGCACUGUUGAGGUCGUUGUACCCACUCCUGCUUGGCUUACCGAGACUAUUACCUCUGGCUCCGUCGGAUUCACUUCUACUUUGAACACACCUUCUGGAUCUGUCCCUGGCACUGUUGAGGUCGUUGUACCCACUCCCGCAAACAAUGUCACCAUCGCCGAAUACUCUUCAGUCUGGACCACUGAGACUAUUACUUCUGGCUCCGUUGACUUCACCACGACAUUGAAUGUUCCCUCCGGCUCUGUUCCCGGUACCGUCGAGGUUGUUGUCCCUACUCCUAUGUGGGUCACCAUCACGACUACGUCUGGUUCCAUUGAGUACACUACGACUGUGAACAUUCCUUCCGGAUCGCUCCCUGGCGGCAUUGAGGUUGUCGUUCCUACUCCCGUUUGGGUCACCGAGACCAUUACCUCUGGCUCUGUUGGUUUCACUUCCACAGUAGCAAUGCCUUCUGGCACUGCUUUUGGCACUGUACUCGUUGAUGUUCCCACCGCUGGCUGGGUUACUGAAACACUUACCUCUGGUUCUGUUGGAUUCGUCUCCACCGUGGCUACGCCUUCCGGUACUGUCUCCGGCACCGUUGAAGUUGUCGUUCCUACCGCUGGUUGGGUCACUGAAACCAUUACUUCUGGAAGCGUUGGAUUCACCAAGACUCUCAACGUUGCCUCUGGUACUGAAACCGGCACUGUUGAGGUUGUUGUCCCCACCGCUGGCUGGGUUACUGAGACCAUUACUUCUGGAAGCGUUGGAUUCACCAAGACUCUCAAUGUUGCCUCUGGCACCGUAACCGGCACCGUCGAAGUCGUUGUCCCCACCGCUGGCUGGGUCACUGAGACCAUUACUUCUGGAAGCGUUGGGUUCACCAAGACUCUCAAUGUUGCUUCCGGCACUGUAACCGGCACCGUCGAGGUUGUUGUCCCCACCGCUGGCUGGGUUACUGAGACCAUUACUUCUGGAAGCGUUGGAUUCACCAAGACUCUCAAUGUUGCCUCUGGCACCGUAACCGGCACCGUCGAAGUCGUUGUCCCCACCGCUGGCUGGGUCACUGAAACUAUUACUUCUGGUAACGUCGGUUACACCUCUACUUUGAAUGUUGCCUCCGGCACUGUUACCGGCACCGUCGAAGUUGUUGUUCCCACUCCUGCUUGGGUCACUGAGACCAUCACCUCCGGCUCUACCGGAUUCACUUCUACCCUCAACUUGGCUUCCGGCACCGUCACUGGCACCGUCGAGGUUGUCGUUCCUACUCCCAGCUGGGUCACCGAGACCAUCACCUCUGGUUCCGUCGGCUUCACUUCCACAGUAGCCACUCCCUCUGGUACUGCAGCCGGCACCGUUCUCAUUGACAUUCCCACUCCUUCUUGGACCACAUUCACCGUCACCUCUGGCUCUGUCGGCUUCACCAGCACUCUCGCCUUCCCCUCUGGCACCGUCCCCGGUACCGUUGAGGUCGAUGUUCCCACUCCCUACAUGACGACCAUCACAGAAUACACGACUAUCUAUGGCUCUCAAGGUUACACCAGUACUUACCCUGGACCAACUACAGUCACUGUUUUGAUUGCUACGCCAACUGAGUCUGUGGACAACGUUCAUUAA